AUGAGUGUAAACCACAGGCUCAACCCAAACUAUAGGAAAGCGACUGCUUCGAACAUUGGCAAGAGGAACCGACAUGUCAUCACACUCAACAAGACGCGUGCAAAGCCAGGGGAAGACCUGAUCAUAGAGAUCCCAAGGCUAAAGGUCGGUGCAAACCUGGUUCCCGAAAGUGUCUUUGUCCAGUUUGACAUGACCGUAAGCGGAACCACGACACAGUUCCAGAACAACCUGUCCAGGCUCCUAGUCACGAAGCUGGAGAUAAAGGUCAGCGGAAAGCGUGUCUAUGACAACACCCGAGAGGACUUGUAUGGUGUUUACCAGAACCUCUGGUUGUCUAAGAACGACAGGGACGACAUGACAAAGCAAGGGAUCACAAGCAAGAACCUACGUGGUCUGAUGAGCGGCAGCGAUGACGCUAACGGCACCACCGACGGUGACAAGGAGCUCUAUGCGAUACACGGUAACAGGGUGAAAAUCCCAGUGUGCAAAAUCCUUGAGAGACACGGACUGUUCGCCCCAUACCCAGUGAGGAACAACUUUAUCUACACAAUCACCCUUCCGGAGAGCAGCCAAGGGAAAAGCCUGGUCUACAGUCACAUUCAGCACCUGAGGACAGAUGACUGGAAAAAGGAAUCUAAAGGACACCACACUGAUCAACUCAACCAUCAACAUCCCACGUGA